CCAUCAGGACCCGCGAAUCUCUAAAACAUAUUCUCUACACACUUAAAAACAGCUAAAAGGUAAGAAACUCAAUAUUAUCAAAGCAAUAAAAUUUCCCUCUUUUUCCUCUUGUUUUAUACAUUCAAUUCUCACUUUCUGGAUUUCCUUUUUAUGGGAAAAUCGUCGAACAGCAUAACCAAGCUCCAGAAUUUUGCCAAGGUCACUGCACAGCAUCUCAACAAAACUGCGAAAGGCCCAAAAUCCACGACACAGAAUCUGCGAAUAGGUGGUGACAGGUUGAAGAAGAUGGAGAGCAGUAGCGAGAAGGAUGUUACCAAUCAGAGGCUGCCUCUGUCGGAGGUCGUCUCCGAUUGUGUGAAGCGGUGGUUCAAGGACACGCUCAAGGAAGCCAAGGCUGGGGAUGUCAACAUGCAGGUCUUGGUCGGUCAGAUGUAUUGUAGCGGCUAUGGGGUUCCCAGAGACGCGCAAAAGGGAAGAUUUUGGAUGACAAGAGCUUCAAGGAUACGAGCUUCAGUUUGGAAAGUCAGUGAUAAGCGUCCAGGUUACAAUGCAAGUGACUCAGAUUCAUCAGAUGAAGUAAAGGGUGAUUCUUGAAAUGACUCAAUUGGCAUUCACUUGGUACAUUCAAAAUGUGUGUUAUUGUCCUUAUUGCUUUUUGACCUUCAUUAUUAUAAAGUUCCUGUCUUCUAAAUUGUGCUUAAUCUAAUAUUUAGGAAAUCUGGGUUGUAUGGAGUUUACCAUUGGUGACUUUGCUUAAAUUGUGAAUUUGGUUAUUUGGUCUGACUGUCUCUUUUGUGUAUCAUUCAUUUUCUCUAGUAUUACAAACUCUAUCCCAGAAAUUUAUUCCCUUAAAGUGAAGAAAUUGAAUAGACUAGAUUUGACCCAUUGGUUUUAUCUCCCUCCUUAAGAAGGGAUAGGUCCAAGGUCCAGCCCUUUUUUGGUUAUUUCCCCCUUGGCCUCUUAUAUAUACCUAUAUAAAAUAAAAGGCUGGUUUUGGUUAAUCUUUUCUGCCAUAAUACUCUUAAAUGGUUAAACUUUGUUCUUGCUCCCCGCCAGAUUCAUAGGUUAAGAAUUCACCUCCAGAUAAGACACAAAAAUGAGGGUUCCUUAGUGCCAACCUAAGAUCAUUUUCCAUCAUAAUUCUCUAUAUGGUAGACCAACAUAUGCAUGCAGCUUGUAACUGGUUUUGCUGGUUACCAGUAUACAUUCUGUACUAGUGGAAUCUUCAGAUUUCCCUUUAGUUUCUGAUUAUGUAUAUUCUCUUCUGAAGCAUAUAAUUCAUUUUGGUGCUCCAGUUGUUAGUAUUUUGAUGCAGAUAGUUAAAAAAUUUGUAAACUGCCUGUUCUGUGCUCAUCCAUGUCCUCAAUAGUUACUCUUUGCAAAGCAUUAUGAUGUUCUAAAAUGCAUAAUAAGCAAUUUGUCACUAAAUUGCACAUCUAGAAUGGUGGAGAAACAAUAGAUUAGCAAUGAAUAUACUUGUGCGGGGUUAGGAAAUGGCAUGCACCUGUAAGUUACU